AUGGACAUAAAUGAGUUUCGUGAGUUUGGAAAAGCAGCGAUCGAUUUUGUGGCAGAUUAUUUGGAAAAUAUAAGAGAUAGGGACGUCCUGCCAUCCGUCGAACCAGGAUAUCUUCAUGAAAUGAUUCCGAAAGACAUGCCCGAGCACGGCGAUGAUUGGAAAUCGAUCAUGGAAGACUUCAAGCGUUGCAUUCUACCUGGGCUAACGCAUUGGCAGUCGCCACAUUUUCAUGCAUUUUAUCCAUCACAAACGUCCUAUUCAUCGAUUGUAGGCGAAACUAUUGCUGCCGGACUUGGAGUCGUCGGUUUUAGCUGGAUAUGCAGCCCGGUUUGCACCGAACUAGAAGUUAUCACGAUGAACUGGGUAGGACAGCUACUGAAUCUACCGAAGUGUUUUCUGAACUGCGACGAAGGAAACGGAGGUGGAAUCAUUCAAGGUUCGGCAAGCGAGUCCAUUUUCAUCGCUGUUCUUGUUGCCCGUGAACAAGCUGUCCGUAGAUUAACAACAGAACACCCUGAUCUGACAGAAGCAGAGAUUCGUGGUAGGUUGGUUGCGUAUACCAGUGAUCAGAGUAACAGUGCUGUUGAGAAAUCCGGUAUUUUGGGUGCUAUCAAGAUGCGUCUUCUACCAGCAGAUCCUGAUUGUGUGUUGAGAGGAAAAACACUAAUUGACGCAGUUGAAGACGAUAAGGCAAAGGGACUGUUCCCGGUAAUAAUGGUUGCCACACUUGGCACUACUGGAACGUGUGCUUAUGACAAUUUAGAAGAAAUUGGCCCCUACUGUAACGCUAAUCAGAUUUGGCUUCAUAUAGAUGCAGCUUACGCAGGAGCGUCCUUCUGCCUUGCUGAAUAUGCUUGGAUUAAGAAAGGCAUAGAGGCCGCAGAUUCACUGAAUUUCAAUUUGCACAAGUGGUUAUUUGUUAACUUUGACUGUUGUGCAAUGUGGUUCAAAGACGCUGGAAAGAUCACUGAAGCGUUCAGCGUAGAUCGUAUAUAUCUUCAACAUAAAUAUCAGGGUCAAAGUAAAGCACCCGAUUAUCGUCACUGGCAAAUUCAACUCGGCAGAAGGUUCCGAUCGCUGAAAGUAUGGAUCACAUUGAAAACUAUGGGCGCUGAAAAGAUACGCAGUCUAAUUCGAUUCCACAUAAGCCUAGCGCAGAAAUUUGAACGUUAUGUGCGUACGGAUGAAAGAUUUGAGGUCACUUCAUCCACACUGGCACUGGUUUGCUUCCGUCUCAAGGGAGAGGAUAGCCUUUCGAAACAACUUUUGGAAAACAUAACUAAACGUAAGAAAAUUUUUAUGAUUCCGGCCACGUAUCAAGAAAAGUUCAUACUUCGAUUCAUGAUAGCCGGGAUUGAUCCGCAGCUUGAAGAUAUCGAUUAUGCAUGGAAGGAGAUAAAAACACAAACAGAUCUGUUGCUGGGCAUCGACGAUAAUGGAAACAAUAUCACAAGCAAGGACUUUGCAAACCAGGAGAUGAAUGAAAAGGAAAAGCCCAUAGAAAAAGUUACGGAAAGUCUAAACGGACUUCUUCUGACAAAUGAAAAGGUUCACUAG